AUGGAACCAGAAGACGGUGACUGGGGUGUCAAGUCAGCUGACAAUGACACGUGGAGUGGUUUGAUUGGUCUAGGGCAGCGUCGUGAAGUCGAUAUUGUAUAUGCUGAGUAUAUGGUUACAGCAGAACGGGUAAAAGUUCUGGAUUUUAUAUUACCUGCCCUGAUGACCACGUCAAUAGGAAUUGUCUACAGGAUUCCAGGUGUAGAAGAUAAUUGGACAUCAUUACUAAACCCAUUAAAUGCUAAAGUUUAUUUUGUGCUCUUGGCGUCUUAUAUCAUAUUUACAAUUUUGUUCAUAGCUGCUGAAAGUUACCCAAUUCUAGACUUAGCUGGAGAACAAAAAGGCAAAUAUCCAAAUAUACCGCCGCUACUCUUUGAUAUAUUAGGAUGCUUUUUUCUUGAGGGAGGCCACAUUGAACCCAGAACAAGUAAAGGUCGGUUGUUGUAUGCAGCAUGGUUUAUUUUUUGUGUUAUAAUUGCCGCUGUUUAUACGGCAAAUUUAACUUCUUCACUUUUGGUAAAAACAAAUAAAAUACCCUUUACCUCACUCGCUGAUUUGGUUAAACAGGAACAUUGGCAAUUUGGUCUGAUGAAAGACUCCGGUGUUCAGGAAAUGUUUGAAGAUUCUACAUUCGAGGAGAGCAGGAAAAUAUGGGCUGGGAUUGUGAAACAAAACGAAACCGAUUCAUCUGUUUUGUCUGGAAAUAAGAGUGAAUUGAUAGAUAAAGUGUUGAAUGGCAACUUCGCUUAUAUCGAUGGAUCUAUUACAACUCAUGUCACUUCUCGAAAUGACUGUGUGUUAUCAGCAAUCGACAAUAUUGUAACGGCACAAUAUAUAAGCUAUGCUGUUCCGUUAAACUCCCCACUGAAAGCGGAUCUGGACGAGUAUAUGUUUAGGCGAUUUGAAGCCGGACUUUAG